AUGGGAUUCUUUUCGAAGAAGGAAGAGACGCCGGCAUCCACGCUGCCUGCUGAGGUGACUGACAAAGCCGAGAUCGGUCGUACCCUGCUGAACAAGCUGGAGCACGCCGUGGCUGAUCCCCAGGCGCCUGCGCCCCCGCAUGAACGUCAGGAGGCUCUGGAUGCCUCGAUCCAAAAGAAGCUGCAUGAUGAGCUGGCGAAACUGCGCAAGCAGGAGAAGGAUGUGCAGAAGCAGAUUGAAUUGGCAUUGGAGAAGGAGAACUUGGAGCGCGAGAGCAAGUCUUGGUUCAGCAAGGACAAGGGCCAGAGCAGUGUGUUGCUGCAGCAAGAGCUGGACCGUGUGAAGGCACAGGCCGAGAAGUACCAGCGCCGGGACAUUUCGUCGUUCCCUACGCUGAAGGCCGCGCGGGAGUCGUUGGUGCAAUGCUAUAAGGACAACGAGGGCCGGACACUGGACUGCUGGAAGGAGUACGAUGACUUUAAGAAGGCCAUUGUGUCGGCAGAGCGGGACUUGUUGGCAUCGAAGAAAUAA